AUGUCGAGAGUGGGCCCAGAAACGUCUAAAAGACUACAGAAAGAUCCAUCAUGUAUCAGAAACAUUUGCAUAUUAGCACAUGUGGAUCACGGUAAGACUUCAUUAUCAGACUCGUUGCUAGCAUCUAAUGGCAUUAUUUCCCAAAAGCUUGCGGGUAAAGUGAGAUUUUUAGAUUCUAGACCAGAUGAACAACUGCGUGGUAUAACGAUGGAAUCUAGUGCCAUUUCACUGUAUUUCAGAGUUUUGCGCAAGCAACCGGGUAAAGAAGACCCUUUAGUCAAUGAGCACCUUAUAAAUUUGAUUGAUUCUCCCGGCCACAUCGACUUUUCCAGUGAAGUUAGCACCGCUUCCAGACUUUGUGACGGUGCUGUUGUGCUUGUCGAUGUAGUUGAAGGUGUGUGCUCACAAACCGUUACGGUUCUCAGACAGUGCUGGGUUGAAAAACUCAAACCAGUGCUAGUGCUGAACAAAAUGGAUCGGUUAAUCACAGAACUCCAAUUGAGUCCUCAAGAAGCGUAUUUACAUUUGAACAAGAUCAUAGAGCAGGUGAACUCUAUCAUCGGCUCUUUCUACAACGGCCAACGACUGCUGGACGAUCUGUCAUGGCGGGAACAGCUUGAAGACAAUCAAGCGGCCGAAUUUGUUGAAAAGGACGAUUCUGACAUCUACUUUAAACCAGAGAACAACAACGUCAUUUUUGCUUCGGCCAUUGAUGGCUGGGGGUUCAAUAUUGGUCAAUUGGCCAAGUUUUAUGAACAGAAACUUGGGGCAAAGAGAGAAAACUUACAAAAAGUGCUAUGGGGUGACUUCUUCAUGGACCCUAAGACUAAAAAAUUCAUUAAUAACAAGGGACUGAAAGGCAGAACCUUAAAACCUCUUUUUGUGAGUUUGAUUCUAGAAAACAUUUGGAAAAUCUACAACAACGUCUUAAUCGAUAAGGACUCAGAGGUGUUGGAGAAGAUCACCAAUGCUCUGAACAUCAAGGUUUCUCCCAGAGACUUGCGCUCAAAAGAUCUGAAGAAUUUACUUAGAACAGUCAUGGGACAAUGGCUCCCGGUCAGUUCAUCUGUUCUUUUGACGGUUAUUGAGAAGGUACCGUCCCCACUUGAAGCCCAAGGCGAAAAAAUAGAAAGGAUUAUAGGUACUGCAUCAGGUCAUGAAUUGAUUGAUCCUACUCUUCGUGUGGCUAUGGAGCGCUGCGACAAGGAUGGACCCGUCUGUGCCUUCGUUUCGAAAAUGAUAUCUGUUCCCAGAGAAGAGCUUCCUAUUAACGACGGUGCUGUAUUGACCCCAGAACAGUUGAUGCAAAGGAGUCGCGAUGCGCGUGAGAGGGCUCUUAAAGCUGCGAAGGCUGCCGAACAAGCUGAAAGCCUCAAACAUAACAAUGACGUUGACAAAGACGAUGUCAACAUGUACAAAAGAGCACAAGAAACCAUAGCGACACCCUCUUUGGAUGAACAAGCGAAACGUGGAAUGAAGAAGCCCUCAUCUGACGAUGAGUUUCGUGUAGUAACCGAACCAGCGCCUGAGUUGGAUCUUGCGUUAGAUCUAGGCAUCGAAUAUGAGUCGGAGGCCGGUUCUGGCAGCGAUUCGGACGAAGAUGGCGAUGUGGAGCCUCAAUAUAUCCCAACAGAUAUUGAUGUAAACGACCCACUGAGCUCGAUGUUCGAAUACGAAGAAGAAGAUCCGUUCGAGGCUGACGCUUUGGAAAAAGAGGCUGACGACGCCGAAGAGCUUUUCGAGGAAAGUGAUGAAGUUAUGAUUGGGAUAGCGAGGCUCUAUAGCGGUACUUUGAAGGUGGGACAGAAAAUUGCAGUCCUGGGCCCCAAGUAUGACCCUCACAAUCCUACAGCCUUCAUUGAAGAGGUUGAGGUAACUGAACUGUACAUAUUUAUGGGCAAGGACCUCGUUCCUUUGAAAGAAUGCCCUCCGGGCAACAUUGUGGGUAUCGGUGGACUAGCGGGAAAAAUCCUAAAAAACGGUACUAUUGUUGACCCAGACGUUCAAGGCGCUAACUUGGUUGGUGUAAAUAUCCACGUCACACCCAUUGUGCGUGUGGCACUCGAGCCAACCAAUCCUACACAAAUGAACAAACUCGCGCGUGGUCUGAGAUUACUGUAUCAAGCAGAUCCUUGUGUUCAAACCUAUGUCGAGGACACCGGUGAACACAUUCUUUGUGCUGCGGGUGAACUGCACCUCGAAAGGUGUUUGAAGGAUUUGACCGAGAGAUUUGCUGGUAUCAGUAUCACUUCAUCAGAACCCGCCAUUCCGUACAAGGAGUCAUUCUUAUCCACACCUGAUAUGAACCCACCAAAAGACGCAGAACUGGGAAGAGGAACAUCUCAAACAUAUCUUGAUGAGUACGCCCUGAAAAUCAGAACAGUACCUUUGCCCGAUGCGAUAACGCAAUUCCUACUUGAGCAUGAACGCGAAAUUAAAGCCAUUUCAGAACGCAAAGAGCAUUUGGCUGGUGUUGCAGAGUUCAAAGCGUCAUUAGACAGGCUUUUUGCUGAAGCGGCUACAAAAGACAAGAUCUGGUCUCAUUCUAGCGUAGAUGUCUCGGCUUUUGGGGGCAAAAGAGUAGGCCCAAACAUUCUUAUUUCCAAUUGUUUGAGGCUCGAGGACUCCUCAAACCUUUCUGACGAUGACACUUUUGAAUACGGAAGCUCGCUCAUCAAUGGGUUCGAACUGGCUGUAAAUCAAGGUCCACUUUGCCAUGAACCUGUGCAGGGGAUGUGCGUCUUCGUAGAGGACGUUCAUGAAAUGAGUCAUGAAGAGAUCCAGAAACUGAGCGUUCAAAACCACCAAGUCGGGCUGCCCAAUUUUGCAGGGCGGCUGAUCACGACCAUGAGGGAUUCUAUUCACACGGCCUUUUUGGAUUGGUCACCACGUAUAAUGUGGGCGAUGUAUCAAUGUGACAUUCAGGCAUCCGUCGAAGUCCUGGGUAAAGUCUACGCGGUCGUGCAGCAAAGACGCGGUCGUAUUGUGUCCGAAGAAAUGAAAGAAGGUAUACCACUCUUUCAGAUUGAGGCGAGGAUUCCAGUUGUUGAGGCUUUCGGCUUUAGUGAAGAUAUUCGUAAAAAAACCUCUGGCGCAGCCCAACCACAGCUGGUUUUCGCUGGUUUCGAGGCCAUUGAUCUGGAUCCUUUCUGGGUUCCCACAACAGAAGAGGAGCUAGAAGAUCUAGGCGACAUCGCCGACAAAGAGAAUAUUGCAAGGAAGCAUAUGAACAUGAUCCGCAGGAGAAAGGGACUUUUCGUGAACGAAAAGUUGAUUCAGAACGCUGAAAAGCAGAGAACUUUGAAACGUUGA